AUGAAUUCGAAGUUAGUCACGGAUCAAAGUGGAAAUCGAAGGAUUGACUGGCACGACUAUAACUUUAUAAACUAUGAGAAAACUCGUGUCGGACCUGGUGAAAUGUCUCCUUACAUUUUAAACGAUACUAAAGAAAUCGAAGAAAGUCAAAAGUUGAUCUCAUUAGAAGGAGUUUCAGUUUUGAAAGAAAAAGUUGCGCAGAUCAUUCCACGACUUUCAAGUCUUAACAAUAAUUAUAUUUGCAGUUGUUUGGACAAAAAAUAUUUAAAGAAUCUUCCAACUGUGUCUGUCAUCGUGAUAUUUUAUAACGAGCCGCUCUCCAUUCUUCUGAGAUGCGUCUCUUCAAUCUUCUAUCGAAGUCCACGAAAUCUUCUUCAUGAGAUAAUCCUCGUCAAUGACAAUAGCACAAAAGACGAGCUUUACAAGACACUAAGUUCGUAUGUCGAACAGAACUUCGAUGGACGAGUAAAAGUUUAUAAUAACCCAACACGAUUAGGAUUAAUAGCAACAAGAAUGGAAGGUGCAAAAUUAGCUACAGGGGAAGUUAUUUUAUUUCUAGAUUCACACAUGGAAGUCACAACAAAUUGGUUGCCACCUUUGUUAGAUCCAAUUGUCAUUAAUCGAAGAACAGCUACAGUUCCAACAAUUGAUUCAAUUAAUCAUGAAAAUUUCAAAUAUGAACCACUCGCUGAUAAUUGGAAUGGAGGUGAUUUGAAAAACUUAUCUAAUUAUGAUUUAAAGAUUGAAAUAAGAGAUUCAACAGGUUUCGACUGGAACCUCAGGUAUCACUACUAUGUGUUCAAUGAAGAAGAAUAUUCAGUGCCAGGAGUGAAUCAUUUAUUAUCAGCGAUGACUGGCGGUGCUUAUGCAAUAAAUCGUGAAUACUUUUUCGAACUUGGUGGUUACGAUACUGGAAUGUUUUUGUAUAACGGAGAGAACUAUGAAUUGUCAUUCAAACUACAAUUAUGUGGUGGGAGUUUGUUGAAAGUUCCAUGUUCUCAUGUUGGUCAUGUAAGUAAAAUCAAAGUUCCUUAUUCAAGACAAAUGAAUGGAAUCAACCAUGAAAUGAGAAAUCUCAGAAGAGUUGUUGAGGUUUGGUUUGACGAAUAUAAAUUUCUCUUUUAUCGAGAUCAUCCCGAGAGAUAUCAGAUUGAUUUUGGUGACAUUUCAGAGCAAGUUUCCCUUAGAAAAUCAUUGAAUUGUAAAUCUUUCAAGUACUACUUAGAAGUUAUUGCGCCAUUCAUUCUAGAUUGGUUUCCUAUUGAAAAGAAACCACAUUUUGCGUCUGGUGCAAUUCAAAGUAUGGCUAACAAAAAUUUUUGCGCAACUGAAAUUGAUGAUAAGUUAAAUCUUGUCGAGUGUUCUGAAAAUCUUACAAAUCCAUCAAGUAAUCAAUAUUUCUUGCUAACAUGGAAACGAACGCUUGAGCCUAACAACGAGUAUGACCUUUGCCUGAGUUUAUCUCAAUUUACGCAAUGUACACAUCGUCAAGGUGAUCAGUUGUUUAGAUAUCUUCUGGAUACACAACAGAUAAAAAAUCCAAAUUCUGAUAAAUGUUUAAUGGCCAACUUCGAUUUGAACAUCAUAACUUUAGAAAAAUGUAAUUCAACUGAAGUAACACAAAAAUGGGACUUUGGAUACAAGAACACAACAGCUUUAAGAGAUUGGCACAAUGUUGGUAUAAAACUUUUAACGAAUGAAUAA